AUGCAGAUCACCGCCGUCUUCCUCACCGUUGCUGCCUUCGCCAUGGGCCAUGCUGCCGCAGCAUCUGUUCCCCGUAACUUCAUCGACGGCAAGGGAAGCGCUCUCUUCGGCAACGUUGGAACCGCAUGCAGCGUCGGCAGCAAGGAUGGCGAAUGCGACCGUUUCGGCCGUUGCGUUCAGGAAAUUCCUCCCAACGAGGUCUCCGUCCUCAACCAAGGCAAGACCGUGGAUACUUGCACUGCCGGCGGACAAACUGGUACCCUGUAA